AUGUUCGAGAAUUCCCUCACCGCCCGCCCAGCCAAGCUUCAGAACGGUGCCUCGUCCCCGCACUGCCAGUCUGGCGUGGCCGUCCCCGCGGGCGCGUUGCCAGAUGGCUCCGCCGGCCAUAAAACGGGCGGGAGCCAGCAUCUGAAGAACGCCCUCAAUCUCGGGAAGGUCGUGGGCGCCAAAGUGAAUGACCUGCUUCGCCGCAGAGACACGGGGAACCUGGGCGUCGUCGGGGUGACGGAGGUGAACAGGAGCGCGGAGGCUGUGUGGUCCUGCAUUGAGAGCGGCGCCCAGGGCAUUGUGGGAAACAGUCAUGUGACAAUGGACUCCUUCCCCCGCCUGGACCCGCCCCCUCCCACCAGUAAGAAACGGCUCCCUCGUGCCCUGACCACCACCCGGGACAUGAUGAUCUCCUCCUCACCUGUGGUGGCCACACCCAACAUCACUGAGUCCUCCUACAUGGCCUCGCCUGACAAAAUGGCUCUCAUCCAGAGGCCAGGGUCCAUUGAGCCGCUGGAGAAGGAGGGAGAGGAGGUGGAGAAAGAGCCGGUGCUGACCUUUGCUAUGGAGUGCAAGCUCAGCGAGGAAGACGGACGACCCUACAAAGAGGACACUCUCAGCCUGGAGGGAACGGGGGAGGGGAAAGUGGAAGAGGAGGAAGAGGAGGACUUGUCCCAGCUCCUGCUCUCAGUGCCUGACCUCAUAUACAAGGACAUACUGGACCCAAAGCAGAUUCCAGGAGGCCCUGAGUCAUGGGGGGGCUCGUUGCCCCACCCAGAGAAGGCAGGCUUCUGCAUCAGCAUGAGCGAUCAUGAGUUCCUGGGGAACGGGUCGCUGGAAUCAGCCAGUGCAGACAACGAGGGUCUUCACCCAGACCUGUUGUCUUUCGAGUAG